AUGCCGCUGGGGAGCGCGGGUCAGCCUGGAACGCUGGUCCAGGAUGCGCGCGCCCCCUUCCGCUCCCACAGUGCGGUCUGCGCGCCUGACCCGAGCCGGAGAAGACUGUGCCCAGAGAGCCUCGCAGUGGCCCCAGCCCUCCCUGGGGCGGGGGAGGCCGUCGGUAGCCCGGGCCCGGAGGUACUGGCGUGCAACAAGCAUCCCAGGAUCAGCGCCGCCGAGUUUCUGCGGCCCCGCACAGGAUGCUUGUCUUGCAUCCAUGAGGGUCAAGCAGCUUAUGAGACCUUCAGCCGAUGUGCUGGGGUCCACUUCGUGUGCGCCUGCUGGCCUCUGGCUCCCUGCCUCUGGGUCACGCGCGUCACUCCUCUGGUCGGGGCUAACCUUCAGAUGUCAGCGGAGGGGCGGGGGUGUGCUGCCGGGGCCCGGCUCCUGGUGGCUCCCCUGGGCCGAGGUGAGCGCCGUCCAGCCUCUGAUGACCGCAUGGCCCCUCUGGGUUUGGCUGACAGGCCCGUGGACCCCGCUCAGCCUCCUCUCCGCAGCCUUCCCCGCAGCAGGUCCCUCUUGCCUGGCAGCUGCUUCAGUGUGGCUGCCCAGCCGGGUUCUCAGUCACCUCUGGAGCCUGUCAGCACGUGA